AUGUCAAAAGCCAAAACGCAGCAACCGGCCGUCAUUCACAAGGUUAUAAUGGUGGGUAGUGGUGGUGUUGGCAAAUCUGCAUUGACUCUUCAGUUCAUGUAUGAUGAGUUUGUGGAAGAUUAUGAACCAACAAAAGCAGACUCAUACCGUAAGAAAGUUGUCCUGGAUGGAGAGGAAGUACAGAUAGAUAUUCUAGACACUGCCGGACAGGAAGACUAUGCAGCCAUUCGGGACAAUUAUUUCCGCAGUGGGGAGGGCUUCUUAUGUGUAUUCUCCAUCAAAGAACAGGAGUCAUUUCAAGCAACACAAGAUUUCAGGGAACAGAUUCUGCGAGUGAAAAAUGAUGAGAACAUUCCAUUUUUGCUGGUGGGAAACAUGGUGGAUUUAGCAGAACAGAGGCAGGUCAGCGUGGAAGAGGCAACCAAGCGAGCUCAAGAAUGGAAAGUCAACUAUGUAGAGACCUCUGCCAAAACCAGGGCCAAUGUGGAUAAAGUAAGUACUUUCUUGUUAGCUUCCUUUGUAUGUGUUUGUCUGUUGAUUGCACUUCCUUUGUAUGUGUUUGUCUGUUGA